AAAAAAUAAAAAUAGGGAAAAAAUAAAAGUAGAAAUGGAUUUGCCCGCGCUUACAUUUCUUAAUUCCCUCGAACUCCCCGUAACCUUAGCUUAUUAUUUUCCUAGGCCCCUUAUUACUUUUCUUUUUCUAUUUUUCCCCUCGCUAUAAAUCAUCUCUCACAAUUACUUUCUCUCUCUAACAGGCAAUUUCAUCAUCUUCCCCCAUUUUAUCCAUUUCGAAGAAAAUAUACACCGGUACGAAGAAAAAAGUCGAACCUUUUUUUUGGAUGAUUUCAUUGAUUGAGCUUGAAUGCUUUUGAUUUCGCUGUUGAUAUUGUUGUUAAUGAAUUAUUGAUGUAUAUAUUUUUUUUUAAAAAAAAAGUUGUAUGAAUCUCAGAUUGGAUAAUUUUGAAAGUCAGAUUGUGUCAUGUGCUAGGGCAAUUUCGCCUAAUCUUCUAACUGCUUUUUUCUUUUUCUUUUUUUAUAAUUUUGUGUUCAUUGUAGUUUUGCGAUUUGUUUAUUCAUUUCCUAACUGUCUCCUCGCGUGAUUGUGCCGCUGUCGCACGUUGUUUCGUGGGUUGGGUGUAAUUGUCAUUUUGGCGACAGUACAGUAUCAGUGAUCUAUAAAAGAUGGAGUCUUUAGUUUAGGAUUAGUUGAGGAAGCUUCAAUUUUUGGAUACCCGUGAAUUCCUGAGAUCCAGAUUUGCGCGAUUAAGAGGAAAAAUGGCCAAAGUUUCCAGGGGAAGACGUAGGAUUGCUUCACGUCAGUGUAGGGCUACCCCUUACACAUUGCCACACCGUAAUCAAUCUGAGGCAGUUCACAAGAAACGGUGCUCAAAGGCACUCGUGAAAAAAGACUGGGAAGAUGCCACUUGUUCUGUGUGCAUGGAGUACCCUCACAAUGCUGUUCUUCUUCUAUGUUCCUCGCAUGACAAGGGUUGCCGACCCUAUAUGUGCGGGACUAGUUUCCGAUUUUCCAACUGCCUUGACCAAUACAGAAAAGCCUAUACCAAAGUGACAUCAACCAAUCACGGGCAAAAUCUUGGCAGUGAUAUUGAUAGGCCAGCAAUGUUCCCAUUGACUAGUUGGUCUAUCGAGAAAUGUGAAGUCACUGAACUUGCUUGCCCUCUUUGUAGGGGCCAAGUAAAGGGCUGGACUGUGGUAGAACAAGCACGGGAUUAUUUAAAUGGUAAAAAGAGAAGCUGUAUGCAGGAUUGUUGCUCUUUUGUUGGAACUUAUAAGGAGCUACGUAAGCACGUGAAGGCAGAUCACCCGUCUGCUAAACCUCGUGAGGUGGACCCUCUUCUUGAACAGAAAUGGAGAAGACUUGAACGGGAGCGAGAAAGAGAAGAUGUUAUUAGCACGAUAACCUCAUCAAUGCCAGGAGCUGUAGUGUUUGGCGAUUAUGUGAUUGAGGGAGGUCAUUAUGGAUUUGUUUCAGAUGGGGAUGAUGGCUUUGAUGAUGAUCCUAUUGAACAACAUGAUGGCUUCGAGGUGGGAAUUGACAGAAGUUUUAUGCUUUUUCUUAUGCGAACCAUUAAUCAGGCAGGUAAUGUUGCCUCAAAUAGAGGUAUUAGGCGGCCGGAAAGAAACUCGAAUCAUCCAACUGAAGUAGUUUCGGUUGGCAGUGGUCGUGCAUCCCCUCUUGGAAGAUAUGGCUACUCGGAUGAAGAUAGUGGAAGUGACAAUGAUGAUGGUGCAGUAAACGCGCGUGGUAACAAUCGCAUGUCUCUUGUUAGGCGUCUUCGUGAUCAAGGAAGAGUCCUUUUGGGGCAUUCUGGGAGGAGACGAAGGCGAAGGGAGGCCAGAAACCAGAGAGAGGAUAGAAAUUGAAAUGGUGGGUGGAACGUGUAGGAUAGGAAUGCUGAAUUUUAGGAGUUAGUGUUAGGGGUAGAAAAAGAGAUUCAGCUGUACUUUUUCAUCAUCAUAUUUUUCCCCUUCUGCAUUUUCACUGAUAAUAUUCCAUGGUUUCAUGGAUUUGUAUGAUAGAUGGUAGCUCCAUGACUCUGUGGGCGCAAAGAUGUAUAAUUUUUUAGAUUGGCUGUACCUUUGAAAUCCUGCACAGUACUUGUGAAUUCCACAACCACCGAAUCUACUUCGAUUCUGUUUCUCCAUAUGGAGUUCAUGUUCUGGUUUUUUUGCGCUG